UUAUAUGAAAGGGCUUAAGUUGGUGAUUGAUUUGAUGUAAUAACAUUACCAUAAGUUAAUAUUUUUACUGAUUACUGAUUGAUUCUUUGAUGUCCUUAUUUCUUUUCUUACAAGUAUUGUUUUAUUUUUCAUUCAGGUACCAUAUUUGGGUUAUUAGUAUUGAUUUCCCUCCUUUCUAGUUUUAUUCCUUGCUGUUUUCUGCCUUCUUUAGUUUCCUUCUCCUGAACCUUUGCUUGCUGAAGAAGCCAGGCAUUCGAAUUCUUAUGCUCACCUCUUUUCCAGGUGCAGCAGGUCCUCCGUACAGGUGCGCAACCUGUUCCAGGUCUUUCACGUACAUGUAUGCGCUCAUCAACCACAUCAACACGUGUGUAAGAGAUGUCAGCGGUGCACCACUAAAACGGUACAGUUGUGAAAACUGUACUUUCAGGACGAAUCACAAGUGGUAUCUUAAGCACCAUUCUUGCAAACGCAAGAGAUCAGUUUUGACUUGUAAAAGAUGUUACAUAACAUUCGAGGAUCAUGAAACCCUGAUUGCACAUUCCAAGGCUAAAAUGAGGUGUGAACCAAUCAAACAGAAGAAAAAAGGAAGCAAGGAACCCGUCAAAAUCAGCCCUGCAGUCAAAACGGACAACCCGACUGGCGAUAUCAAAAUCGCAGAUACGGCAGGGCCCGUGGCCAGCGGGACGAUCAGGAUCGCUGACCCUUCUGGCUUGAUGGCCGGCAGAGCGAUCACGAUCGCGGACCCGUCUGGCUUGAUGCCCGGUCGAGCGAUCAGGAUUGCAGACCCUUCAGGCUUGGUGAGCACACCGGCCAUCAGGAUAGGAGGGCCUGCCAACUGGGGUGGGGCCAUGAUCAUCGGAGGAGGCUUCAGGAUCAGUGAUGGGGUGAUCAAGAUCGUCGACCCUACCGGCGCCAAUACCUUCAAAAUUGGUGAAACAAAGCCGGCGGGGUCUGCUCAACCUUUCGACAAGCCAAAAGAAAUUGAAGAAAAUAAAAAAGAAAAUACUUCAAGUGUGACCGAGUCAAAAGAAGAAAAAGAAGACACUAAAAAUAAAUCUAAAAAUGAAUCUGAACCUGAAAAAACCGAGCAAGCAUAACCAAUUGAACAGUUUUAUUUAAUCAAUCAUAAAAUAUUACGUGCUAUUUAAUGUUUUUAAGUAUCUUUCUCUAGGAAUGAACAGAUCUCAUUAUUUUCUGUUCAAGCAGAUAAAUUAAUUUUAACGUCAUUAUUUUUAGUUUUUAUUCACGUAUAAACAUAGAUAAAAAGUAUUUUAAAGGUUUUUUUUUUUUACUUGUAUGAUAUUACGAUAAAUUAGCAUUUACUGACAGAAGAGCGGAAUCUUUGCUUCAGCUUCAAAAUCAUUAGCUAUAUUAUGUAUUUAAAAUCCUAAAAAAAGUUCGAUCAUGAUAGUUAUGUUGAACUAUUGUUUUUAUUAGAAUAUCAGAAAAAAUAUGAAAGUAGCUUUAAUUUGUUUUUGUAUAAUCGAUUGUGAUAUUUUUUUCCUUCAAUUUUUGUAUUCAAUUUAUAAUUUUUGUAAGUUAGUUAAUCAAUAUGUACCACGAUUUGUAGUUUUCGAUGCAGUAAGUUAAGGACAUUUUAUGCACAAAGAGCUUUGAAUUUAUGAGGUGAAAUGAAAUUUUAUUUUGCAUGGCGAAGGCAUUUUUCAAACAUUUACUAUUAUGAAUCAUUUAUACUCAUAAUAUAUAGAGGUUGUUGGUUUUGGAAGCUUAUGUAUAAAAUAAAUAUUAGACAAAUG